CAGGCCUUCUCUUCUCAGUUGGUUCACACACUGCAAACAUGAGACGAGCGGUCCCUGAUUUCACUACUUCAGAGGCCGGCAACCCUUUCGUGGACGGGUGGUACGCCGAUCCGGAUACAUGCGUCUACAAUGGCCAAUAUUGGGCAUUCCCGACUUCAUCCUACGCCUAUGACGAACAGAUCUACCUCGACGCUUUCUCUUCGCCCGACCUUGUGCACUGGACCAAACAUGCAAAUAUCCUCACCAAAGCCCAGGUAUCUUGGGCAAACAGAGCCAUGUGGGCGCCCGCCCAUAUCGAACGCGACGGAAAAUACUACCUGUACUUCGCAGCCAAUGAUAUUCAAGAGGGAGAAACACAAAUUGGCGGUAUUGGCGUUGCUGUAGCAGACCAGCCUGAGGGCCCUUACAAAGAUGCGAUUGGGAAGCCGCUCAUUGGCGAGUACCAUAAUGGAGCCCAGCCCAUUGAUCAAGACGUCUUCAUCGACGAUGAUGGUCAGGCAUACAUCUACUAUGGUGGCCACGGGCAUGCCAAUGUUGCAAAGCUAAACAGCGACAUGGUCAGCAUCGGCACCUUUUCAGAUGGCACCCAGUUCAAGGAAAUCACACCUGAGAACUAUGUGGAGGGUUCUCUGAUGUUCAAGCGCAAUGGAAAGUACUACCUCAUGUGGUCUGAAGGAGGUUGGACGGGCCCGGACUACUCAGUCUCAUACGCCAUUUCGGAUUCGCCCGUUGGUCCUUUCAACCGAGAGGCCAAGAUCCUCCAACAGGAUACCGCUGUCGCAACUGGUUCUGGCCACAACGGGGUUAUCAACGUCCCUGGGACCGACAUCUGGUACAUCUUCUACCACCGCCGACCAUUGGGUGACAGUGACGGCAAUCAUCGUCAGCUCGCCUACGAUCGAAUGUACUUCAAUGAGGAUGGGACAAUCAAGCCGGUCACGAUGCUCGUCAAGGACAAUUUCGAUGACGGGAACCUGAUUGGCUGGGACACCUCUUUUGAGGGAUCCUUCUCUGUCAAGGACGGAAAGCUCAGUGCGGAGAAGGCUACAAGCGGCAAGGUCCUUCAAAACACAGGAUUUGAGAAUCUGAUAUUCGACAUCGACAUCGCUCUCGUUGACCCAGAUGUUGGGUCCAAUGCUCAAGAUUCUGGCGAUGCGGGUGUUCUUUUCGGUGUCACAAGCGCGUCCGCAGGAAUCGACAACGUGACUGGGUUCUAUGCUGCCGUCGAUGCUUCCGGCGAGAUCGUUCUGGGUCAAAUGGAUCAAAGUUGGACUCUACUAGCAUCCGCCAAGUCGCCUAUCCAGACUGGGACAAACUACCACCUCAGGGUGGCUGCGAUUAACAAAGAGGUCAAAGUCUUUGUUGAUGAUAUGAGCGUGCCCAAACUUACGCAUACUGUAUCGAAGAGUACCAAGGGGACCACGGGAGUGCGAUAUUUCCGGACUGGGGCUCUAUAUGAUAACCUUUCUGUUGCGCAUCCGCAAUAAAGAGGAUAGCAAUCGCUUACAUGCGGACGAACUCGGAACAGUCGACGGGAUGAUUCAGCACCUGUACUUAGAUAUUCACGAUGGGUCAUCAUCGGGUCAUCGGUGCACAUAUUUCUAUAGGCUACACAU